CUUACUGCUACUGGACCAUGUCCCAGACCAGAAAAUAUGACAUUGGCCUUAUUGAAAGGCAAGAUGAUUGAUGCAGAUCUAAGCACUGAUGGUACAAGACUAGAUCUGAAUUCCAGAUAUGAGCUUUAUGAUAGAAGCUGUUAUUCCCCGCUAAUCAACAAAACCUUAACUCUUCCUAACAUAACUGACCCCAAUCUAAAGACAUUCCUGUAUUACCAGUUGUCUCCAAACUGUAUGCGAUUUGAUGCCUGUACUGAUGUCACCAUCAAGGCCAUAGGCUACACUAAAGCAUUGAAGGCCUACGUAGAACUGGAUCCCUGUCACUUCAUCCUUUAUGCUGGUUUUGAGAAAUGGGAACGUCAGUUCAUCCUCAUUUCUUAUGAAUGGGGAAAAGAAGAAGUACUAGAAAUAACCCCUGAGAUAAAAGUUUUGUAA